ACUCCCCAGGGAGGUGCAGCGUUCUAUUGGUCGGUGACGAGCUCGUCGGCUCCGCGCUAGGCUGAGACGGGAGGGUCCUCGGCUAAAGCCCAAAGCAGAUCAAAGUGGUGGGACUCGCGUCGCGGCCGCGGAGACUAGAAGGAGGACUCCGGAUCCGGCUCGGCGCUCGCCCUCGCUCGCCAUGGAGAAGACCGAGCUGAUCCAGAAGGCUAAGCUGGCCGAGCAGGCCGAGCGCUACGACGACAUGGCCACCUGCAUGAAAGCCGUGACGGAGCAGGGCGCCGAGCUGUCCAACGAGGAGCGCAACUUGCUGUCGGUGGCCUACAAGAACGUGGUCGGGGGCCGCAGGUCUGCCUGGAGGGUCAUCUCGAGCAUCGAGCAGAAGACCGACACCUCCGACAAGAAGUUGCAGCUGAUCAAGGACUAUCGGGAGAAAGUGGAGUCGGAGCUGAGGUCCAUCUGCACCACAGUCCUGGAAUUGUUGGAUAAGUAUCUAAUAGCCAAUGCAACUAAUCCAGAGAGUAAGGUCUUCUAUCUGAAAAUGAAGGGAGAUUAUUUCCGGUAUCUUGCUGAAGUAGCUUGUGGUGAUGAUCGAAAACAAACGAUAGAAAAUUCCCAAGGAGCCUACCAAGAGGCAUUUGAUAUAAGCAAGAAAGAGAUGCAACCUACACAUCCAAUCCGCCUGGGGCUGGCUCUUAACUUUUCUGUAUUUUACUAUGAGAUCCUUAAUAAUCCAGAGCUUGCCUGCACACUGGCUAAAACGGCUUUUGAUGAGGCCAUCGCAGAGCUUGAUACACUGAACGAAGACUCCUACAAAGACAGCACCCUGAUCAUGCAGUUGCUUAGAGACAACUUAACAUUAUGGACAUCAGACAGUGCAGGAGAAGAAUGUGAUGCAGCGGAGGGGGCCGAGAACUAAAGGCA